AUGAACACUUGUGACACUGAUCAGCAUAUCUCGUAUGCCGCGAUAACUUCCAAUCCCAAUACUGAAAACACGAAUGCAAUAAGUGCGUUGCCGCUUCCUGUACCUGCGCCAGAGCUACGACAGCCAAACCAGCUGGAACCACUGUUCGCAGAGGACGAUUCCAGCGUUGAAACAGUGGACACUCCACCGGGCUCCUGGCAACUACUACGAAACGCUGGAUAUCAUGAUGGCGCAGGAACACAAAACCACACAUUGGUUUUGAACCAUGGCGAGGGUGUACAGUUAAGACGGCAACUGGAGCCGGGCACGAGUGGCUGGGGCGAAAAGCCUAUCGAUGAAACACAGCGGUGUCAUCCACAGGGUUUGUUUUGUUAUUUUUCCUGCUAG